AUGGAGGAAACGAAGAGACACAAAAAAGGUAAACAAACCAAACGAGUUUCGUUGUUUUCGUCACAAAGUGGAAGCAAAAGAAGAAGAAGAAGAGAGGUGACUGAGAUAAUACUCAACGACGAUGCGUUAGACGAGAUUAUGGUGAGGCUUCCAGUGAAGUCCCUAAUUAGAUUCCAAACCGUGUCUAAAGACUGGAAACGUAUUAUAACGUCCAAGUCGUUCAGGGAGAGACACAUGUUGCAUCAGAAAACCCUAGAACCCAGAUUUCUCUGUAUCUAUGAAGAUAGAAGCUGGUAUAAGCGAAACGUUGCUCUAAAGACGAUGAGGUUGGAUUGGUCUUCGACUUGUCUAGUGGAAUCGGAAGAAGAAGAAGAAUAUCAUACUAGUGAUAACGACCAAGAUAAGGCACUUUUAGUUCUCAGUAGUCCUCUGGAUGGUCUUGUCUGCUUCUAUAACCAUACGGACUUGACAAGACCAAUUAAAGUGAUAAACCCAGCCACGAGAUGGUCCCUGACGCUCCCUCUUGCCAAGAUUCAGGUAGAGAAUCUAGACAAGAGCGCAGAGCUACCUCCCCCAGGGUUCGGAAAAGAUUACGUCACAGGAACAUACAAACUGAUUUUGUUGCAUUACAUUAACGACGACGACAACACCUCAUCGUCAUCAUGCGAGGUUUUUGAUUUCGGUAUCAAGCAAUGGAAGCAAGUGAUGCCACCUCCUCUUGAUCAUGGGAAUGGGAUACACAACGGAGAACCAACUUUUGCAAACGGAUGGCUUUAUUGGUUCAGCCAAGACAAGACCAAGUUGGUUGCUUUUGAUCUUCACAUGGAGAUGUUUCGUGUCUUUCCAAAUCCGAUUACUGUUUCGUCAUCACCAUCAUCUCUUUAUAUGCGUAUGGGAAGCGUAGAUGACGAACGUCGUCUUGUGUGGAUUUCAGUGACAAGUGGAGAUGGCAAGCAACAACACGUUUGGAGGCUCACUAACCACAACACAGGAGGGGCAUUAUCUAUAAUGGACAAGAUGUUCUCCUUUGAACUGAACAAGAUUGGUUCCACUUGGUUUGAUGAUCAUCAUCCUUUCCAUACCACCAACUCGCUCCUCAAUCUUAUGGCAGUUUCCAAGAAUGGUAACAAGGUGGUGCUCUCAAAAUAUGGUUCUCUAGAACUCUUCCUAUAUCAUCCCAUUAACCCUACUUCCGCUCUGUAUCGCAACUUUUCUUUUUCUCCUCCUCGUCCCACUGACAGUGCCCUUCUUCCUUAUUUUCCAAGUUUAGCCUCUCCUUUGUGA